AUGGAGUGGGGAGGAGAAUAUUCUCUUGAUUCUUCCAAUUUAGACUGUUUAUUAAAUGUGCUUCCUGGAGAAAUGGAGUUUCAACAAAUCCUUAAUGAUCUUGAUGAAAAAAUAAAGAAGAACUCUUCUAGCAUAGAACAGUGUCUUAGAGACCUGCAAUCAGAAGUGAAUGAAAUUUGUAGAGAUGAAAUGCUACACAGCACAACUGACUGCCUUCAGUGGCUACACAACUGCAGUUUCAGUUCUCUCAGACCUUCUGCUACACACCAUGGAGACCUGAUGGAGUUCCUUAGGACCCUGCAAAGCUUGCUGAAGAAUGAGCAAAAUCAAGAAGAAAUGAUACUUCACUUCCUUCUGGAUCUCUCCAGUCAGUGUGGUGUCUCAUUUCCCUGUACCCCAAGUGGGACAUCUUUUGAGUUAACCUCUUCCCUUCAUGCCAUUGAGGAUGAUUCAGCCAUGGAUGUGAAAUCUCUUUGGGAUGAUGUGAGGUUGCAUCUUCGUCGAUUUUUAGUCAACAGGCUGCAAAGUCAAGAGGAAAGAAGCACCAACACCUUACAACAGCAAAUGGAGUUUAAAUCUCAGUGCAUUCAUCAACUUUUGUUUCUCUAUCCUGAGUCAGAAGUUUUAAUGAGGUAUCAACACAUGCAGAACAAACUGGUGAGUGAUCUUCUGCAGAACUGCAUCUUGUCUAGUUGUGGUGAGACCAGUUUUGAUAAGGUGGUUCAUGGCUACCAAAGUUCUAUACCCAAGCUGUGCACCAUGAUAAAAGAGGAUUUGUAUAUACUAAGUGGAACUAUUGAUCCUUCUUCAUCACUGAAGUUUAUUAAUGAAACUUACCUGGAUACCAUCACUGAGGAAAUGACAGUUCUCCUUGAAAGACUUUGUGAGCUGCAGUUCAAAGAAAAUGCUCUACAUGUAGUUAAGGCAAGCAAGAUUUCAAAGAAGCACAGAGGAACAGUUCAUGCUGUGGCCUCCCAAGAAUACCCCAGGAAAGGAAGAAACUUCUGCCUAACAUUGUACCAACUCAAAUGUCUUUCUCAACUAAUCAAACUCUUUUUACUGAUGGAAGAAAAAAUCGAAGAGCUCUCUGCAGAAAUUCUGCUGGUGCCUUCCUUUACAGAGAGGAAUAAGAAUGUUCAAGGAGUUCUGAAGAAAGCUGGUGGGGAGCUUUUAAUAGGAGAAACCAGAGCAAAUGAAACCAGUGUGCUUCAUGAGCAGUUCCUUCAGGUAGAAGAGCCCAUUUCACUGAAUUUUGGCUGGAGAAACGCCUUUAAAGACCUCUCUUCUUCUGUGGCUCACUGUAUAACAAUAGCAAUCGAGGAUUUCUCAACUAAAAUUCUCCAGCAUGAGCAGAAAGAAGAGUUUUCAGCUGCAGGCUAUGCAAUGAGCCUUGUAAACAACCGGCAAAUGAGGGAGUCCUGCGGAGCAGUCCAACAAGAGGAGCAACCAAAACGAAUUGCUAAGUUCUGUGCUGACAUCAUGGAAGAACUUGACACAUUGCUUCCAUUGGCUCUGGCAUGCAGAGAUGAUUCCCUUCAGGAAAUUAGAGCCAACUUUGUAGAGGCCUGCAGCAAAGUGGCAACAGCUGUCCUGGCAAGGCUGGAGGAGAAGAGCAAAGAUGUUCCCUCCAAGGCUCCCCUGCAAGACUUGCACGCCGCCCUCUCCACGGCGAUCUAUGUCUUGCAGCAUUUCACAAUGUAUAGCAAUUUAAUGAGGGAAAUGAGCAAAAAACCCCUGUUCCUAGUGCCUGUCCAACAAUAUCAGGAAUUCAUCAACGUUCUCCAGUUUCAAGUUACGGACUACUGCGUCAGAGUUUGUGCUACAAGCAUUUUACAGGAUGCUGAGAGCCACCACUGGGAUGACUACAAAGCUUUUUAUGAGGGGGAAAGAUGCUCCUUCUCUGUCCAGAUGUGGCAUUACUUCUGCUGUGCUCUUCAUCAUGAUCUGUGGACUAUUCUACCACCCAAGACAGCCCAGGAGAUCCUUAGAGAUGUACUAGAGCAAUCUCUGGCUUUGCUGGCCUCCAGAUAUUGUCAGGCCUGUCCCAGCUACAAGAGAACACCACAAAUCAGGAUUGAUAUUGCUGCCAUUUUGAUGUGCACUGAAGAUAUGCUGUGGUCAGUCUGCAGCUCUGUGCAGGAGUUUCUGAAUCCUCAUGAGGACAGAGCUCUCAAGAUAUAUAAAAUCCAUAGCCACUGCAACAGUCUGCUCUCUGUGCUGGCUGUUCUAACUUCACCACUGAAUGUUCUGCAUGAGACAUUUCUGAACAAUUCUGAUGAGCAUCUUCCUCAGGAUUUCUCAGAAGUCUUUUACCAUCCCUCACACUGGUUGUUCUGCAUACCAUCAUCCUGUCCUUCCUUACUGAAGACUCCAUCAGCCAGAGAAAUGGCAGCCCAGGGUCAGCUGAAACUGCUCCUGUCCCAGCCCUACUGUAAUCUGAACCUGCUCUUGGAAACUUUGCUGCUUCAUGACUGCCUCUUGGUGAAAAUCCUGCUGAGAGGUUCAAGAAAUGCAGUAUGGAACUGUGAUGAACAAAGUUCUCUCUUAGAACAGAUAAAUCACAAGGAGCCUACUCUGAUUGAGACAAUCUUCACAGUGCUGUCUCACUGCACUCUAUCACCCAAAUCUCUCGGCGUCGCUUUCGAGACCUACAUGGAAGAAGAGAAGUUGUGGAGCUGCUUAUACAGUAUGACAGUUUGCAGUUGUGGUGAGCCGGAGCCAGAGGUUAUCAGAUGCUUGAAGCUGACUUUGAUUAAUUCAGUCAAGGGUAUCAUCAAGCAGAUAAUUUCCUUGAUGCAUUCAUGGGAGGCAACAGAAAACUAUGGAACCUACCAGCACAAGCAAAUAGUGCCUGAAAGUUUACUGAAAACAGUUCCUAAGGAAUGGAAUUACACUCCUCGGGAGAUGAAGAGAAAAGAAUCUGGGAAAUGCUUCACAAGGCUUGCAGCUCAGGCAGUAUCUAUUGUAAUCAGCAAGUUACCUACAGUGAUUGCAUGUUUGCCUCCCCCAAUUAAGUACUUCUUUUUUCUGGCUGAGAGAAAAAUGUCAAGAAACUUUGCUGAAUUGAAGAAAGCUGGUCUGCUUGUCUGGAACUUGAUUGUAAUUAUAUGUCGGAUAUUUGAGGAUGGAAAUACUGCAGAACUUUUAACAGGUGCAACACUUGACAGGUGGAGCAAAGAAAAGCUCAGUUUAGUUCGUGUGUGCUUAGAAAGCAUCAUGGGAAAGCAGAAGAGUGGUCCUAAGCAAGUGACCCAGAAGGUUAUACAAAGCAUUGAGCAGCAAAGACCAAACUGGAUUGAAAGCCAGUUGCUGAAGGCAAGGAAGCUGAGCACAGACUGUGCCUCAGCCACAGGAGAAGGUGCGACGUUAGAGGAAGGAAGCAUUGCACUUGGAGUCACUGAGCAGAAAAUAAACAUGAUGGUCCUGGAUAUCUGCCACAAACCAGGUGGCAGCGAGUACCUGAGGCAAAUUUAUCACAUCAUCCGGCUCAAUGAGGAAUACUUGAAUGAGCAGCUAUCUUGUGUGAAUUCUUCUGAGGAUGGUGUUACCUCCAGUCAGCACCUGCCUUUGACGUUGAGGGGCAGAGAAGAGCAGCCUGUCUUCAACCCUUUCCAGGUCUACCGCCAGUCUUGUGCAAAAGUGUUCAACCAGUCAGCCGUUACUGAAUGGGACUGGGAUUGGUCAAACUUGCUGCCAAGUUAUUUGGGACUGAAUCAGAUGACCUUCAGGGUGCUGCUGGCACACAGGUAA